UCACACAGAGCGAAGCUUGGCGGCGCCUCUCCCUCGAGCUCUCGCGACACGGCGGCGGCGCCGCGGACGUUCUCGCGGUGCUGGUCGGGAAGCUGCAUGUGCUGGUCGGGUCGGAGGCAGCAGCAGGAGGAGGAGGAGCCGCCCCCUCCCCCCGAGACUGCGGUGUGAGGGGCCAACCGGGCUUGUGAGAUGGCAACGGAUAUUGCUGAGUCCACAGUCCCUGACUACAAAGGAGACCCAAGGAGCAACGCCAGGUCAGAUGCAGACUAUCCCCUCCGGGUCCUCUACUGUGGAGUCUGUUCAUUGCCAACAGAGUACUGUGAAUACAUGCCUGAUGUGGCUAAAUGCAGACAAUGGUUAGAGAAGAAUUUUCCAAAUGAAUUUGCAAAACUUACUGUAGAAAAUUCACCAAAACAGGAGACUGGAUUUGGAGAAGGUCAAGGAACAGCAGGAGAAGAGGAGGAGAAGAAAAAGCAAAAGAGAGGUGGAAGGGGUCAGAUAAAACAGAAAAAGAAAACUGUACCACAGAAAGUUACAAUAGCUAAAAUUCCGAGAGCAAAGAAGAAAUAUGUCACAAGAGUGUGUGGCCUUGCAACUUUUGAAAUUGAUCUGAAAGAAGCACAAAGGUUUUUUGCUCAGAAAUUCUCUUGCGGUGCCUCAGUAACAGGAGAAGAUGAAAUCAUAAUUCAGGGGGACUUUACAGAUGACAUUAUUGAUGUAAUCCAGGAGAAGUGGCCUGAGGUGGAUGAUGACAGCAUUGAAGAUCUUGGAGAAGUGAAGAAGUGAUUUUGAAAGACUGCCUUUAUUUAAAUACCUGGUUAUAGUUGAAAGAGCCAAAGCGAGGCUUCUAAAUGCAUUUACUCUGCAGUAAACUGUAGGGUGUCCUUACCCAUGGCAUUAUCACCAUUCUAUAUAGGCUGCUUGGUUUGUUUUUGUUGUGACUUUUGCCAAAGUUCAACUGGGGGUUCUAUCAUGCUCAUGCAUGAAGGUAGGGAUUUAAUUAAAUAAAGUUAUUGUUCCUCACUUACCGAG